AUGGCAGAAUUGCAUGACUCUCAGACCAAUAUCCUGAUUCAAGACACCAGUUUUUUCAACAAAGUUCGUGUUAUGAUUCGGCACGCAUGGGCAUUGCGUGAAGAAGAAAGUCCCUUGUACAUGCUUUACUCCCAUAUCUUGACAGCUUUCUGCGAAACUGCUGGAGAUCCGUUGGAUGUCGAUCGUGCACUAGGCUGCGAACCCCAGUCAUCCUUCUCUGCACCGCCUGGUACAGAUUUUGACCGUCGCAUUCCAGAUUUCACUGUCAUGGUCGCCUUCCUCCAGGAUUUGGCUGUCGUUAAUCGUUUCAGUCCGUCAUACAGAUCCCCUGUACUCGGGUUCUGGGUUGAAGUGAAACCCCUUAACUGCGAUGCAAUUUGGAUAUCUGAUGAGGCACAGCGGGAGGCACAAAGGGCUGUAUGGUUGCAUCUGGAACAGUUGAACCUGCAGGGACUAUUUGCGUUCAGUCACUUUGCUGGUGACACAUUCUACUGCAUGCUUGUAUUAGGCAUAUACUUCUCUGUCUUCAAGUACUCAAGGCCUGCCCAUCUUCCUCAUCCUACUCAUCCACGCCAUCCAUCAGUAUCACAUCUGUCCCAUCCCGAUAGCAGCCAGGGACAGAAAAGGCCGAAGCGGAAACGGAGCCAUGAUGUGACUAGUCAUAAGGCUCAGACGAAUGCCAAACAGGCAAUGGAACGGAAGGUCCUCAGUCGCUCUAUUGAUACACCAACAACACUCUACUACUGCGAGCCUAUCGUUAUUGAGGAUGGAAAGGCUUUCAAUCCCCUUUUCCAGAAGGCUCUGUGGGACAUUGCAACAUCAAGAGAUAUAGACAUCCCUUUUCAGCCAUCCUUCUUCACACCCCCACCGGGUGACUAUCAUGCCUCAGAAGCCUCUCUGGAAAUGGCUUAUCAGGAUUUUGACCAGUUCGAUCGUGACAAUGAGCAGAAGGAGCAAUUCAUUCGGGAUGCAAUUGACUCUGACUCUUCUACUGGAGAAGAUACCUCCGGUAAUUACUAUAGCAGUGCACGCCCAAGUGACAGUGGCGCAACUCGUAGGACGCGUAGCCAGUCACGAGACGAUGCACUCUCUGAGGCAGAUCUGGAUGCCUUAGACGAUACUGACGAUACCAAUGACAACACCCACAGUAACAUUGAGGAUGCCAUUCCGCUCGACUUUGAUUUCAACCUUGAUCGAGACGUCAAUGAUGGUGGUGAUGGCAACAACAAUAACAAUGAUGAUGGUGAUGACGACGACGACGAUGACGAGGAGGAGGGGAACAUGUGGCAAUAUCCGCGCGGAAGACUUGCUAGGGGCAGAGAGUCGAGACACUAG